AUGAGACCAACCAGGAGGAUGCUUCCUAGAGUAUCCUUCAAGCUGCUUCUCAUCACCUUUUUGUUCCUCUUUGUGUCGUUUGCUGCAUACAUUGGCUUUGCAGAAAAACACCCAUUAAGAUCCUUUGGUUUUUUCCAUCCUGCCACCCGAGUGCCGCAAAUGAACAUCCAGCAGCAUGCCCAAAGAGCUGUGGCAUCCCACCAGGAAAGAGUAAAGAGACUAAAGGUGAUACUCAGCCCUGACAAUAUUGCACAAGAGCAAGCUGCUGUUAAGAGACUGGCACUUAACAACAACCUGGAUGCCAAAGAACAGCAUGCCAAGGAAGGAGGGCGGGCAUCUGCAUCUAUUGAGCAGCAAACCAGGGAUAGUUUUGUGGUACCAGCAGACAACAAAAAACAAGCUGUGGAGGAAUUAAGACUCCAAGCCAAUGAGAUGCAAGCUAAAAGUAGAGCCGGGACACCUGUAACCGAUCAAAAUCUUGGUAAGGGUGCAACACCACCUGCCAAUCAAAAGCAAGAUUGGAGCAUAGCGCCAAUAUCCAGUUCAAAGGAAGAGAAAAAUAAAGAUGUAAUGCCAGAUCACAAACGAGGGAAGCAAUCUGAGGCUACGUAUAUGGCACCACCAUCCGCUACAAAUCAAACCAAGGGACUGUUAAAGGAAGCAGACACAUCUGAACAGCAUUUGGUGACUUCAGAUCCUCUUUCAAUGAAGUUGUCUGCCAAAGAAAAGUCAGUAUCUGUUGCUGAUUCUCACAAUGCGUCUGCACCUGGAGCUCGACAAGGAACUCAUACCAUUUCUUCAGCAAUCCACAAUACAAGGUUCAAAGCAUCUGACUUCAAAUCUGAGCCCCAUUGGGACUUUGAUGACCAGUAUCUUCUGGACAAUGUAACUUCACAGUCCACCUGUCCAAAUUCACUGCGGGUCAAGUCUGCCAAGUCUGACUGGCUGCAGGGCAUUUUCCUGCCUAACAUCACAAUCUUUAUGGACAGAAGUCACUUCAGUGACAGUGAAUGGGAACGCAUGGAGCAUUUCCCACCACCUUUUGGGUUCAUGGAGCUAAAUUACUCAUUGGUAAAAGAAGUCAUAACCAUGCUUCCUCCUAAACCCUACCACCAAAUUCUCAUGGCACAUAGCAGCCAGGCUUCCAGGUGUAUUACCUGUGCUGUAGUAGGAAAUGGGGGAAUACUGAACAAUUCCAGAAUGGGCCCAGUGAUUGACUCCCAUGAUUACGUCUUCCGGGUGAGUGGGGCCGUGAUCAAGGGUUAUGAGAAAGAUGUUGGAACAAGAACAUCCUUCUAUGGAUUCACAGCCUAUUCCUUAAUGUCUUCCCUCAUGAUACUGGGGGACCAUGGAUUCAAUAAGAUCCCAAUGGGAACGGAGAUCAAGUAUCUUCACUUCCUGGAAGGGGAAAGAGAUUAUGAAUGGCUGAAAGCUCUUCUGCUGAACAAGGAUGUCAGGAAAGGAUUUUUGGAUUACUAUGGGAAAAAGCCAAGGGACAGAUUUGAUGAUUUCAGCUUGGAUAAAUACUUUGUGAUUCAUCCAGAUUUUCUCAGAUACACCAAAAACAGGUUUCUAAAAUCCAAAAGUCUGGACAAACCUUACUGGCGGCUCUAUAGACCCACAACAGGUGCAUUUGUUUUAUUAACUGCGCUCCAUCUCUGUGACCAGGUAAGUGCUUAUGGGUACAUCACAGAAGGUUACCAGAAGUAUUCUGAUCACUAUUACGACAAGGAAUGGAAGCGCUUGAUCUUUUAUCUCAACCAUGACUUUGAUCUGGAACGAAGAGUGUGGGAAAAACUUCAUAAUGCAAACAUCAUGAAGCUCUACCAUCGAUCCUGAUAGAGAAGGCAGCAGAGACGUCAUGCCAACAGCAGCCUUU